UUCCUCCAGAUUUUGUGGAUGUCUCUGAUGAUUUUAGCAGAAGUCUGACAUGCUGUUUUAUGAGUAGCCUGGAAAAACAACACUUUUCCUCCAAUCUGUCACUCACAUGAGUUUUCUCCCUUCAUCACAGUCAGAUGUGAGAAGCUUCAGUGACUUGUACUCAGCCUGCGAAGGGGUGGAUUGUGUCAUUCAUGCAGCUGCAUACGGGAUGACUGGAAUAGAGCAAAUGCACAAGAAACAUAUCCGGUCGGUCAACAUUGGUGGGACCGGAAUCGUUCUUGAAGUUUGCAAGCGGCAGAGCAUCCCGAGAUUGAUAUAUACCAGUUCCAUCGAUGUAGUCUUUUCUGGACAAACUAUCAUUGACGGUGACGAAGCUACUGUACCGUAUUUUCCUUUGGAGCAGCAAGUUAAUGAAUAUUCCCGGACGAAAUCAAUUGCAGAACAAAUGGUCUUAGCAGCUAACGGAUCACCCCUGGCAGGAGGAGGGAAGCUACACACAUGUGCAAUUCGCCCUCCUGGGAUUUAUGGACCGGAAGAGCAGCGGCAUUUCCCUCGGUUGGCCCUCAAUAUUGAAAGAGGGAUUUUUAACAUCUGUGUCGGGGAUCCAGGGACUCUGAUGAACUGGGUCCACGUGAAAAAUCUUGUGCAAGCCCACAUCCUUGCUGCAAAGGCGCUCACUCCAGAAAUGAACUAUAUUGCGGGCGGCCAGGCAUACUUUAUCAACGACAAUGAGAAAGUCAACCUGUUUGAAUGGCUAACUCCCUUGUUCGAAGGACUGGGCUUCCGUAAACCCUGGAUCCGUGUUCCCAUUUUCCUGGUUCAUCUAUCAGUUCUCAUCAUGGAAAAAGUGCACAAUGCAUUGCUACCGAUUGUGGAAAUCACACCCCUGCUCACCAGAAAUGAAAUACACAAUAUGUCUUGCACCCACACGUUCAAAAUUGAUAAAGCCCAGGCCUACCUUGGCUAUGCACCCAAAAAGUAUUCGUUGGCCGACUGCGUGGAUCAUUUUUUGAAAAAGAGACCCCGGCCAAGGAAUUUUUUCUUACUCAAAUGCCUUUUUCUGUUGCUCCUGUUCACGGCACUGAUUGUGCUGGCUGUGAAAUUCACCCAAGUGAGAGAUUUUCUUCUAGAGUCCUGGAAAAAAUAUUGGUGCCUUCUUGAGACAUAAAGCGGGACAUUGCCAGUCAGCCCCUAGGAGGGCGGACGGGAAAGCUCACUCUCGGACUGUGUGGGA